AUGCCGCCGCUUGACUCACCUUCAUCUAACACAGAAGGCACCCCAACUAGCAACGAUGAUCAAGUAACUCCCAAGAAGAGACUGCAUUCCACUAGUUCUAGAGUCAGAAAGAAAAAGCGGACUCUAGGGGUGUUUCCCUGCACGCAUUGUGAUAAAGUUUUCACUCGAUCGGACCAUUUGGCCAGACAUAAUUUAAAUCAUGAACCCAAAGAAGUUUAUGUUUGUGACUUCAUUAUCGAUUAUCAUGGAUCAAAGUCGAAAUGUGGCAAGACUUUUGUAAGGAAAGAUUUAAAAGAAAGACAUAUAAGAAGACAUCACGAAUUGGCGAACUUGGCAAAAAAAUCUGAAGGCAUUAACAAUAAAGCUUUAAAGAAAAGAAAAGGAAGUACUAGUAGCAAUACUAGCACGUCACUGACUGCUGGAAUGCAUAUAUCUAAUAUACUAGAUGAUCGAUUACCCCCACCCUCACCCUCUCCCUCACAGGUACAAGCACAAAGACAAGCACAACAAUCUGAUACCCCUACUUCAAGGAACCACAGUAUAAAGCUUGAUGCUUCACCGAAAUAUGCUAACAUGGUUCAACACAAUUCUUUACAGUCACAAACUCAAUCAGAUAUACGGAUGUCUACCAACGGUUUACCGCAAGAUCAGAAACUGCUGCAGAGCAUUUCAAAUUCAAUACCUGUUAUUCCUUCACAACAGUCAUCUCCAGGAUAUCCGACCACUAUCCAAGCAAGCAAUUUUAUUCAUAACCAAAACGAUUUCAACAAUUUCAGCAAUUUUACUAAUUUAAACAACUUGAAUACGUUAUAUAAAUCAUAUGGCACAACUAUUCCUCAGAAUGACAUAUUGUCAUGGCUAUUCAAUGACUCUCCUCAAGGAAACUCUUUAGUACAUUCUUCUCCAGAAGCACAGCAAGCAAUACCGAGAAAGCCUUCACAUCCACUUCCUCCCUUGCAAGAACAAGAAGUUCAAAAUCAAGUUCCAUUGACUGCUCAAUUCCAACCAAUCCCAUCUCCAUAUGGAGGUUCUCAGUUUUCACCCAUGGCAGACCAAAUUCAAUCGAGUCUUCCAAUGCCCAUUUCGUCUACAUUAAGUAAUGGAAUCCCGAAUUACCCAUUUGAUAUGGGCGCGUUUUCAAAUGGAUAUGGUGCUGAUGUUAACAUAUUUCUGACCGAUGACAACCCUUUAGAUAAUAUAUUGUACAAGAAUCAUCACAACCUUCAAAAUUCAAAUCAGCUUGUUGGAGCUGGCAAAGAUGAAUCCUUGCGCAGCAUUGGGGUGAGUAUAUCAUCGGCAUCUCCUACAAACACAGUUGAAUCCAGUAAUGAUAACACCACAGAAAAUGCUCAAGAAGAAGAACAUGCUUUUCUCAAUCAUAGAGAGAAGAAUAUUUCGACAAAUAGAAAUUGCUUUAUUGAAUCAAGUAUUUUAGAAAACAUGUUACAAUCAAUUGGACUUUCACGUCAAGAAUUACCUUUUGACAAUAAUUGCCAACUAGAACAUAGAUUUUCAUUUUAUCUAUACCUGUACUGGAAACAUUUCCAUUCACAGUUUUCAAUAUUGCAUAAACCAUCCUUUGAUACGAAAUCUGCAGAACCAUUAUUGUUAAUAGCAAUGGUUUCAUUAGGUGCUUGUUACAGUUUCCCCGAAAAUGCCCUUUUGUUAGCAAAAGAAUCUAAGAAAUCCUCCGAGUUCAAAUUUGCAUUACAAUUAGCAAAACCACUAAGGUUUGCCAUAUUUGAACAUGAGGAUUUCAAGUCGCCAGUAAGAUUAUGGAUUUUACAAAGUUUAAACAUGUUAGAAUGGGUCGAGAAAAACUUUCUAACCAGAAGAAUGCACGAGCGCGCUCAUUUGCAUCAUGGGACGACAGCCCAAUUACUACGAAGAAGCCCGUUAUUGGGUGGGAAUCCUACCCAUCGCAAAAAAGCUCAUGCUAAUAGUACAUCGUCUAGUGCUGGUGAGGAAAGUGAAUUGGAAGACAGGAACAACACUAAUGAUACAACAGAUAACGAUUUAUUUGACAAGUGGGUAGAGUCUGAAGGUAUGAAGCGUAUAACGUUUAUGACCUUUUAUUUGGACAUUAUCGAUUUCAUCAAGUUUAGACACAAUCCUCAAAUUUUGUUCUAUCAAUUGCAAUUGUUGAAUUUACCAUGUGACGAUGAGCAUCUUUGGGAACUGACCGAAGUUAAUGGAUCGUUUAAAAAAGUUGUUCGAAGGCAACGCAAAUUACAAGAUAGCAACAUUACUACAUCUCUUACCAUCUCCAAUAAAAAGAAAAAGGCCAAAACUGAUAAUUUUUUGGCUGCAUUGAAAAAAAUUUUGAAAUCUGAUAAAUUGACUGAACUCAAGAAUAAAUCUAUAUUUUGCCAAAAGAUACUUAUGGCAGGGCUAAUAUCAUUAAUGCAUCAGAUGCAACAAAGUGAACUACAGAACAGUUCUUCAUUAUUGACAAUUCAUAAUUCCAACAACAAUAGCAAGAUUUGGAAAGAGAUGUUAGUCAGAUCAUUUGAUAAUUGGAAUUUUGAAAUCAUGCAAACUUUCAAACGUUCCAACAAUAUGGGAAUUUCCAUGUAUAGUGUACCCAACAGUAAUGUCGCAUUCCCCAUAUUUUAUUUGACACAAAUAAUUGGGUUACCGGAAAUCAAUCAUUAUGACAUUGCCAUAUUUACUGGUUCACCAGCUAAUCAAAGUGUGGAUGCUACUCUUAAAGAUCAUUUUAUGGUUCAACAAAAAUUGAAUAACAUUUGGUCCAAAAAUAAUAAAAAUAUAGAAAACAUUCGUGGUAUCUUUUAUUGUUACCUUUUCCUUUGGACGUUGAUGAUAGACGAAAAUGGUAAUAAAUUAGAUUGGAAUCCAAAUUGUGACUAUUAUGAUACAGUCAAUGCAGUGAGCACAGCUACUUUAGUUUUAUGGAGUUAUUGUUUCACAGUUGGAGGAUUAGAAAGCAAUAAAUAUAUCGAUGAAAAUUCUGCUACAGAUCCAACAAUUUGUGCUGAAGAUGGAUAUGAUUACUUAUCAAGAAUUAUGUCCACUUUGUUGGCAUCACAGCAAUCGGAUAAAGUCAAUUUUGGUCUGGUUGCAAAAUAUUGUGAAGUCCUACAACAGAUUUCCAAUAAACAAAACAUCAGCGGCUUGUGUUUUCUAAUGGCUAGAAAAUUAAUGAUGAGUCAAUGGGAAGUACUUAGGGAGCACGCGAAAUUAAUCCUCAAUUGCGGAUACCGAUCCAUCGGUAAAAGAAAUGUUCUAUGUGCUGAUCUAUUUGACAAUGAGUUUCAAUAG